UUCAAGGAAGUAUUGACCAUGAGGACAGAGAACUUGAAGGUUCAUGAGAACAGAAGACAAUUGUUCUCUUCUACUGCUUCCAAGAAUCCAGCGAAUCCAUUUGUUCGCCAGCGACCCUUGGCUGCAAAGUCUGCUGGAAGUACUUCAGCUGCCCCUGCUCUUCCAUGGGCUACUGGGGGACAAUCUUCACCCAAUCCAUUCUCUAAAAACCAGAUGGAUGGGGAAACACAACCAUUAAUGUCGCAGCAGCAGCAUCAACAGCAACAGGAAUUGGUUCCAGUACAAGAUAGCUACAUGCAGAGUAGAGCUGAAGCACUUCAGAAUGUGGAAUCGACAAUUCAUGAGCUGGGCAAUAUUUUUAAUCAGCUCGCUACCUUGGUUUCUCAGCAAGGAGAGAUUGCUAUCAGGAUUGAUGAGAACAUGGAUGAUACACUUUCAAAUGUGGAGGGAGCACAAGGGGCUUUGCUCAAGUAUCUCAAUAGUAUCUCAUCAAAUCGGUGGCUUAUGAUCAAGAUAUUCUUUGUAUUAGUUUUCUUUCUUAUGAUUUUCCUAUUCUUUGUGGCAUAGUUAAUGAUGCGGUCAUGCAACAUUAUAUAGUCAGAUAAACGAUCGUGAAUUUUGGACGUGACAAGGCUGUUAUAAUUUCUUUUUUCCUUUUUUUCGA